CGUGCAGUAUCCCCAUACGUUCAAACCAUAUGGAGCUAUUCAAACCAUUCUUGUUUAGCUCAGACUCGUACACUAUUUCUCUGACCUACAUGUACAGUACGGCGCCUCACGAAAGAAAUAGGCCUACAUGCCACCUAGUAGACAUUUUCUUUAAUAUUAUUAUUUGUCAAUAUACGUCAUGUCUAAACAUCGAUAUUUAGAACCAUGUUUGCUAUGGAUUCUUUUUCUACCAAGCCUUGUAUAUACUUUGAGUACAAAACGUCCGAAUGUAGUAAUUUUUUAUGCUGAUGAUCUGGGCUAUGGUGAUAUUGAGCCGUACGGACAUCCAACUUCUUCUACGCCAAACCUUCGGCGACUAGCAGCAGACGGAUUGGUUCUAACACAAUUUUACUCUGCUGCCGCAGUGUGUAGUCCAUCAAGAGCUGCAUUGCUGACUGGCCGAUACCAGAUGCGUUCUGGAAUUUACCCGGGUGUCUUCAAUGUUAAAAUGUCUGGAGGUCUUCCACUCAAUGAGGUUACUAUAGCCGAAAUGUUAAAACCGGAAGGGUACAGAUCAGCAGCAAUAGGAAAGUGGCAUCUCGGACUCGGAAACAACUCGAUGUAUCUUCCACCUAGUCAUGGAUUCGAUGUCUCAUUGGGAUUGCCAGCUUCUCCUGCUCAGUGCCGUUGCUCUAUUUGCUUUUAUCCGAAUGUAACCUGUCAUUCGGCGCCUUGUGCCGCCAAUGAAUAUACACCUUGUGCACUAUUCAAUGGUACUAAAAUAGUUGAGCAGCCGGUUGAUCUGCUGACAUUGGAUGAAAAAUAUGUGGCGGAGGGUAGGCAUUUCAUCAGAGAGAAUGUCAAGUCUGAGACACCCUUUUUCCUGUACUAUGCUUCACAUCAUACACACCAACCUCAGUAUGCUGGAAAGGAAACAUCAGGUACAUCAUUAAGGGGACGAUUCGGAGACUCACUAGCUGCUUUGGAUUGGGAGGUUGGGCAGAUCUACCAAGAACUGGAGGAAAAUGGCAUCCUGGAUGAUACGUUCUUCUUCUUUUCUGCUGACAAUGGACCAGCUCUUUAUUUAAAAACAUUCGGAGGAAACGCAGGACUAAUGAAGUGUGGAAAGGGAACAACGUAUGAGGGUGGCAUGAGGGUACCAGCCAUCAUACAUUGGCCAGGACGAAUCACACCGGGUAGAUCGUUUGAAUUCUCCAGCACCCUUGAUAUACUUCCAACUAUUGCCUCCAUAACCAAAGCUAAGCUACCAGCUGUUACUCUGGAUGGUUAUGAUAUGUCACCAUUUCUGUUUGAUGGCAUGCACAGUAUUAGAGAAUCUUUUUUCUAUUAUCCCCCGACCGUGAGCACUAAAUACAAAUCAUUUGCAGUAAGGUACAGGCAGUACAAAGUCGUAUUUUAUACUGAAGGAUCUUAUCUCUCCAAUAAUAAGAACAAGGAUGUUGACUGUCGAGAAUCUGCCAAACUUACCUAUCACGAUCCCCCAAUGCUGUUUGAUCUUGAACAAGACCCAUCGGAGAAUUACAACCUGUCCGUCAAACUUUCUCCUGAAAAAGACAUCGUCCAAAAGGUUACAGAGAUGAGAACAGACUUUGAUGCUAGAAUGGUAUUUGCAGAGUCUCAAAUGCGGAGGCCAAAGGAUGAUAAUCUGAUGCCGUGUUGCAAUCGAGGAUGUAUCCCUUUCCCAACAUGCUGUCACUGCACUGGUAACACUCAUCGUGAGGGACGAUGGGCGACACUUUAUCCAGUUUGAUGGCAUCAAGGAACACCCAAGACAGUGUCUGCUUUCAGAAUCAUCUAACGAAAUAGUGCGCAUUUUCAGAAUGUUUAGAUUUGAUUCCGAUCACACUAACUGGACGGGUCAAUAUACGACCAUGAAACCAUAACCGAAAUCAUAUCUCCUUAGUGGAUUUCAAAUGAACUAUUUCCAUUUCUUACGUAACAGCAGUCAUUUUAGACUCCAUUUUUUGGAAGCCAUCUUGAAUUUUUCGACAUACUGUACCACUGACGAUCCUGGUAAACUAAUUUCAUGACUUUUAAAACCAUGGUUUAGACAUCAAAACCAUAUGCCCUUGACGGAUAAUACAUGAAAUACGUCAAUUUGUAAAGAACAACAGCUAUUUUAUACUCAUUUUUUAAAGCCACAGUAGAAUUUCGGACAUGCUUUACCACCGACUGUCUUUGUAACUUUUCCGAAUGUAUUAUUUGACAUUUUAAACCAUGGUUUAGAUACACAAAUCAUAUUCCUGGAUAUUGAACAUAACUAUGUUGGGUUUUUUAAAGUAAUAAUAAUCUUAGACUCCAUUUUUUGGAAGCCAUCUUCAUUUUUUAACAUACCGGACCACUGACUGUCCCUGUUGUCCCAAUGUAAAAUUUGACCCUUGAAACCAGUGGUUUAGACACCAAUAAUCAUAUCUCCCAGAUGUAUAUGAAUGAAUAUGUAUGUCCAUUUUAAACUCCAUUCUAAACAUCUUUGGAAGCCAUCCUAGCCUACGUCAGCAAUUUUGGGCGCCAUUUUGGAUUUUUCUGGUACCCGAAAGUGAUUAUAUUCACUCUAACUUGUAUAAUAAAAAUUAUUAUACCCCUGGACCGUGGAAUUUCAAUCGAAAUAGGAUUCUAUGGUGGAUAAUGAGUAAGUUAUAUCAAUUUUCAGUGAAUGGCGGCCAUCUUGGACGCCAUCUUGAAAAUGAGUACUUUCCCGGAUGCGGAUUUUGAUAGAUUUUAAGUAUGUUAUUCCUGAGGUCAAAUAUGGCCAGAAACAGUUGAAAACCUUUUGUUGCAAUUUGUUCCAGGUCAAACCGUAUAUUGACGAACUUGAAUAAAAUUAUAAUAUUGAAUUCUCUCCAAGUUCAGCCUCAGGUGUUCUAUUUUGAAUCGGCUGAAUUUCUUGGCUAUUCAUUUUGACAAUUUACAAAUCAAAAUGAGGCGAAAAGAAUUAUAUUGUACAUACUGUUUAUUGGUUAGCCUACAUGUUGUAUACUUCAAUUUAGGAAGUAUAUAUAUAUUUAGUACAUAUAAAAUACUAAUAUAUAUUAUGAAUAUACGAUAUAGCAAUAAUUGUCUACUUCAGUCAAACUCACUGAAAUAAAGUCAAUGUUAUUACGUUAACCUUAUAAGUAAAAAAAAUGUGUUGAUAUAAAUGUUUUAGAUUUAUAUUUGUUAUACAACUUAUACUAUUUUAUUUUUCUUUUCUAGAAUAUAUUUCAACUGAUAAAAGGAGAAAGCAAUCUCAACGAAAUAGUUGAUUAUGAUAAAUGAAGAACUAUAUAUCAAACAAGCCUUAACUAUUGAACAAUGCGAAAGUUAAAGUAUUAUUAAGUUUCGUAGUUUUCACAAAUGGUUAUAAAGGAUAUGCAUGUGAGAGAUUCGAAGGUGUCAUACAUUCACGAUUUCUUUUUAUUUUAUGAAAUAAUUUGUUUUCUUUUAGGUUUAAUGUAAAAUAAUGUUCUCCUGAAUUCAAACGAAUUUGAAAGGGUUGUUAUUUAAUGUGAUUUGUCCGAAGGUGUUAUUAUUGUCAAAUCUAAAAAAAAAAGAAUAUGAUAUUAAUGAAUAUUUAAAAACAAACUACAAAAUUAGUACAUAGACUGCGGCAUCAAAGGCUCUUCCUUUUGCAUGUCAUAAGCUUUUUGCAUAGCUCUUUUUUUUUAAACAAGCGACACUUUGACAUAUUGUUUCUUGUGAUUUUUCUCUUUUAUAUCCACGUUCGUCUUAUUUUCAUUUUUAUUUCAUUUUUUUUUUUGGGGGGGGGGUAUUUUUUGUAUCACAUUUUGCAUUUGCUUAUAUUUUUGUGUAGAGAUAUUGAAUAAAGAUUAUAUCAGAAACUAA